CAGGCUGGCUGUACAAGAAGGGCGGCGGUCUAUCUACUCUCUCUCGCAGGAACUGGAAGAUGCGCUGGUUCGUUCUGCGUGACUCCAAGCUCAUGUACUUUGAGAAUGACAGUGAGGAAAAGCUGAAAGGGACAAUUGACAUCCACUCAGCCAAGGAGAUUGUGGACAAUCAUGAGAAAGAGAAUGCUCUGAAUAUUGUGACAGACGAGAGAACAUACCAGGUGUUUGCAGAGUCACCGGAGGAUGCCAGUGGCUGGUUUACCGUGUUGAGUCGGGUCCAAAAUGCCACCCCGGAGCAGCUGCUGGAGAUGUCCCAUGAGCAGGCCAACCCAAAGAACGCUGUGGGCACACUGGAUGUUGGAUUGAUUGAUUCAGUUUGUGCUUCAGACAAUCCCGACAGACCUAAUUCAUUUGUGAUCAUCACAGCCAAUCGUGUGAUCCACUGUAACUCAGACCUGCCGGAGGAAAUGCAUCACUGGAUCAGUCUGCUGCAGAAACCCAAAAGAAACUCCAAAAGUGAUGGACAGGAGUUCCUGGUCAGAGGAUGGCUGCACAAGGAGAUGAAGGCAGGAGCCAAAGGUUCUGCUCUCAAACUGAAAAAGCGCUGGUUUGUCUUGACUAACAACUCUCUGGACUACUACAAGUCUUCUGAGCGCAAUGCAUCUAAGAUGGGCACCCUGGUUCUGAACAGCCUGUGCUCUGUUGUCCAGCCUGAGGAGAAAAAGUUUAAAGAGACAG